UCAUGGACGAGGACCGAAGUAGGACACGGUCAACGAUGUAGCCUAUCUUUAUUUAUAGUAGACUUGCAAAAGCUACGGCAACCUUUGUUAUCCUGUACAGAUCGCAACAUCAGUCGACUGACAGAUAUCUCAGUUACCGCACUCUCAAUCUCCACAGAGAACUGGGAACUAUUGUAUAAAUUAUUUCAAAAAAAUAAUUCCAUUCAUGGCUUCAAACAGUUCAAGUGACAUUGAAACGAGUCGCAAUCAAUUUAAUGUAUCGUCUGUUUCUGAAUUCAGGUUGGAAAAUGGAACAGAAUCGACCGUUGUCAGUUACGACGAAAUUUUAGAAAAAUUAGGGCAGAUGGGAAAAUUUCAACUCAAGACAUUUCUAUGGCUCUGUCUACCGGCUUUCUUCCCAGGUAUAGUCAUCAUGUCGUACACUUUCACCGGAGCAACACCAAAUUACAGAUGCUUUGUGCAAGUCUGUGAUAGUGAUAAAAUGACGACAAAUUUUUCUACAAGAGAUGUUUCUCCGCAAAACCAGACGAUUGCGUUGGAUAGUAAAAAGGAUGGGUGCAACUUUGAUAAUAAUUCUUGGACUCAUUCUCGCCAAUGUAAUUUUAAAAAUUCAUCCGACGGCACCUUCCUGGAAAAAUGCGAUCGUUGGGUGUACGACACGUCAAUGUUUCAUUCCACCAUCGUCAGCGAUGUAAGUACAUAG